GUUCUUGCUGAAGAAGACAAGAAAGCUAUUUCUCUGAUGCGGCGUUUUCAAGUUAAUUACUGUUUUUAAGUAAUUACAAUCUUCAUUAAUAUUCAGAUUAGGAGAUCGCAUGUGAAAAUGGCCUCAAAUCCGCCCGGACCAGGACUUCAAAACAAAAACAGGGUUGCUAUACUAGCUGAGUUGGAUAAGGAAAAGAGACGCCUCAUUCAGAGUCAGUCUAUGAAUAACCCAGGAGCUAGCAUUCCACUUUCCAGACCAGCAGUAAAUAAAGAGUUCAGGGAUCAGGCAGAACAGCAGCAUAUUGCAGCACAGCAGAAAGCUGCUUUACAGCAUGCACACGCACACUCAUCGGGCUUCUUCAUUACUCAGGAUUCCUCCUUUGGUAACCUUAUACUGCCUGUGUUACCAAGACUUGACCCGGAGUAAACACGGAUUCAAGGGGCAGUAUCACUGUUCACUUGAGUCUUUAUGUGGUAGUCUAACUUUUUCAUGUAUGCAAGUCAAGCAGGGUUUUUUUUUUUAUAGAUUGUUACCAGUCAGUUUUAUUUCAUGAUUGUACAUAAAAUGGAGACAGCUUUACCAUUAUGUUGAUGUUCUUUUCUUAAUACAUGUGUUUUGCUACAUAAAUAUGAUUAAAUGGUUAUUUUUACUCUGUUUACUGAAGACAAGGUAAUCAUGCACUAGGACUGCACCAUUUAGACAAGAAAUUGCAAUUAUUUUGAAAAACGUUGCGAUUUGAACAGCGAUAUUAUAAACAAAUAAUAAAAUAAAAACAACUUAGUAAGUUGAUUCCUUAUUACCAAAAUGAUGUUUUGCCUAUGGUCUACUGCCAAUAGAAAGAUAACUCUGUAGGAUUUUACUCAUGAGUCCUCUUCAAACUCAGACCUCUUUUACUUCAGCCAAAAGCAAACAUGAAAUAAAACACCAUUAUUUUAUAUCAGU